AUUCGCUUCCUGACAUUAAGUCAAGGACGUCCACAUUCCACCGUGACAUGACGUUCAGUUGUGCUCUGUCUGCCGUCGCGAUAGCUACUGCACUCCACUGACUCGAGACAUGCGGUGCUUCUGAACGGUUUCCUUCAAGAUGCGACUAGAAGCGUUUCACCUGCUGGCGACCUUACACCACAUUUACGCCAUUGUACAUCUACUGUCCGUGAACUACGCGGGCGCCACUGACUCGUUCGUUCUUGCCAUGAGGGAUUUGGGCUUACGGUACCUGACGACGUGGAACCUGAUAAUGCAGAGCACGUACUUCGGGGCCUGCACUGGAGAGUAUGUCCUGCGUGCCAUGGCGAGGGACAGGUCCUCACAGUUCCUCAAGACGUGGCAGGAGCUGAGGGAGACAACCUUCCAGGCUCUUAUAUUUCCUAUGGGACUGGUUGUGUUCUCAGUGUUCUGGACGUUGUACAAAUACGAUCGAAGUCUGGUGUACCCUGAGAUCGUAGACGAGUACGUGGCGCCUCACGUGAACCACAUGAUGCAUACCAACGUGGGUGUGGUCGUGGGCCUGGAGAUUCUCCUCAGGCCACAUUACUACUGCAACAGGAACAGACACCUCGCGAUGCUGCGGUUCUUCUCCUGCACCUACCUCACCUGCUAUUUCUACACGUACUGGUCCCAAGGAAUUUGGCUGUAUCCGCUCUACCAACAUCUUAGCUGGACCCAGCGGAUAGUGACGAGCAUUCUUAUCACGUUCAUUGUACCCAGCGCCUGCUAUCUGCUGGGAGAGGUGAUCGCCAAUGCGCUAUGGGGAAAACGAACUUAUGUAGUAAACGGAGAAGAAAAGAGAUCGUAGCCAGACGAAGAUGAUCCUACUUUCAAUACAACACACACAUUAACGGAGGCCUGCCGAUGCAAGAUGUACUCGUAGACCGUCAGCACAGCCCGCACACAGGAAGAAUGAAACGGAAAUAGAGUAGACCUACAUCAGAGGGCGAGCACUCCUAGUCGUUGCCAUGUCCGUGCGGAUGUACGGAUGUAUCAGAAGCUGCCUAAAAAACAAGUAACUACGAUUAUAAUGAACCUGUGUGUUUUGAGGUUCUCUGUAGACCUGUUGAUAGUUACCAUCGUUUUGGAGGAACCAGUCACCUCCGUACGCGUGGUAGAAGAGUAAAAUACGCUGAAAAUGGUGACAAUAGACUAUACUCCUAAACGUUGAUAAUCUACCAGACUACACGGCGUAAAAUCCCAGAGGACAUUCGUCUUUACAGUAGAUUUUAUUUGUUCUAUCUGCUGGCUUGAACGUCAAUAUGGAACUAGUAAUGAAUUCACACAGGCGGCACGAUAUGUAAACAAGUCAGAGAAAUAAAUUCCUGCUUGAAAACAUC